UAGCUGGGGGUGUCUUUUAGCACUAACGUGUUGUGUCUGUGAGGAUAAUACUGCAGAAAAAAUGAGCUUCACCCUGGGAAUAUCGAGCCAUGUGGGAUGAGCAUGAUGUACCACAUCAUCAGUCAUUCUUUAACAAUCCGCUGUAUUGUGGGUUCAGACGUAUUCUGCCAUUUAUUGUGAUGAUACAAGCUUCACUAACAGCCAAAGAAAGGAUAAUGAUGCCCAUUUGUGAAGCAGGCAGUGAUGUGCAUCUAGAUCGUUUGUAACAUUAAAAGAAGCAUAUUCUCCAGCUUGCAAACCAUGACACAAAGAGAUAUGGAUGGCAUUGGGAUGCAGACUCAGGACCUAAAUUGUUCUGGGGACAAGAAAGGAAAGGCUUCAGGGGUUAACAACAAGCAGUGGGUGAGAUUAGCGACUGUCGUGGCAUAUUUUCUAUGCGUGUCUCUGGCUGCUGUUAUUUUGGCUGUGUAUUAUGGCCUGAUAUGGGUCCCCUCUUCCAAGAACAGAACUGGAGAUUUUAGUGGUGCUGUGCCCAGUCUGUCUCCAGCUGGACCCAACAAAAACUCUACAGAAAUACAAGUCAAGAAACCUGUCUCUAAUCAAGACAUGAAAGGCAAGGACCUCAAUGGCAGAUCCAAACGUGGAUUCAAGACUUUAUUUGUUCAGGAACAAGGAAAAAAUCUUCAAGAUAUUCACAGAACACAUUUUGGAGAAAAGGUCUUAAAAACAAGCGUAAGAGACAGAAAGAAAGAUAAAGGUUCGGUACAAAAAUGUUCCUUUCUGAAAGGCACAGAGGAAACAGCUAACCCUGGAGAGAUAUCUGAAGAAGGAAGCAGCUUCCAACCUGAAUGUGAUUAUUGAUGGAACCAUAACAACUAACCAGUCAUAACUAUAUCUACAGACAGCAUACAUGGUCCAGUGCAUGUAGCAGAGGUCUCACUUGGUCAAUACUGUGGGUUACUUGUAAUGAACUAAUAUAAACGUUUCCUUUUUUUUAUAAAUAUUAGGACACAUUCAUUUAUUUCUUUUGAAAAUCUAGAUUUGCCGAUAAUUUUUAGUAAUAUUCUGAUUAGUAAGUAUGGGCAAUAGAAAACUUUAAACUCCAAAAAUGAAGCCUAAAGCUAAAUGGUGUGUGAGUGAAGGUUUAUCUGUAUUCAAGCCAUUCUGCCUCUGACAAAUGUAAGCAGAGGAUAACAUUGAUGAAUUAUCCAUUCAUUUACUGAAUCUAUUUCCUGGUGGCUUUGGAAAAACACAGUUUGCACUGGUAUUGGAUGUGGCGGAAGUAGCAGGGAUCAAUACAUUCAUUUAUACUGUGUGCCACAAUUUCUACUAAUUCAUACACCUCCAACAUCACUGCAUCAUGCUCUCUGCUUAUUAGGUUACUAACGUAUAAAAUAUUUUAUUGCCAGACAUGCAGGUUAAUAACGGGGGAUUUGUGUAAGUUCAUAAAACAAUAUGUACCUUACAUGUGCCAGUCUGUACACAUAUUCAUCACUAAUAUUAAUCAUAUAUUUAUCCAUAUACUUAUAAUAACAAUACAUUGCCUACUUCCAGCGUGUCACUUCAAUUGUCUGUGUUUUUUCUUAUGAUUUGCUGUUUGUAUAUCCCCGUAUCAACACAGCAAUUGCUGCCAUUUCAUCCCUUUAAACCCCAAAAUCCAGCAUUCCCUCUAGGUUAAAGCUUUUGGCUUGUGGACACAAAUUAUAAGGCCAGCACCCACAACUAAUCGUGGUGGAAAACAAGUAAUUUAGUAUUAGUGAAUUCACCCACUUCUCUGCGCACGCACAGUGUACAGAGUAAAAGAUUAAUUGUGCCCUUGUGGCCAAAAAGAAAUUUGAGGGAACGUUGCCACACACAUAUUGAGCCAACAUCCUGCACGAGAAAUUAGCAAUAAACAAGAUGCAUAUUUACAUGGAUGCGUACAAAUCUAGUUUUAAAGGGUUAAGAUGACAGCCAAAACAGUACCUGCCACCAAGAAAGGGAUUAUUAUUUUUUACCCAAUAUGGCAGUUACAAGCAUAAUGGCUAGAUUAGCUUGGAUUUCAUCUUCCUGCCAGCAGAUAACUGGCAAUACUAAUACAGCAAUGUAUAGCACUGUAUUGUUGUCUGGCAAUGUAACUGUUAUGUGUUUUAAGAUGUAAAAUCAAACAUUAGUAUUGCCUUUACUUUUGGUAUCAUAUUAAUGCCUAUUAAAGAUAAAGCACAAUGGAA